AUGCCUUCUGCAAUAGCUGCAGCCGCCCGCAUAUUCGAGGAUACAGAUGCAGACGCUAAGGCUGCCCGAGCCAUGAAAAGUCACAAGCGAACCCCGUCUGUGGGAGAAUUUCUUCGAGGAAGAAAGAACAGAGACAAUGAUCAGACCAAGCUCCGCGCCAACAGUCCCGCCUCUCGCAUGUCUGAGACACCACUCGGAGAACGACAUGUCAAUAGUCCUCCGCAAACUCGACGCGUGCCAGUGAAGGACGAUGCAACAAGACCGACGAUGCACAAGAAAACAAAGAGCAAUGUAUCCAUCAAGUCAUUCAUCAGAGACAAGUCAUCGGAUUCCGGGAGCAUAUCAUCCUCGGACGGACGAGUGGACAACCACAAGCCGAAGAAGUCCAAAUCGUCAACCAGUCUGGCCACGCUCUUCAAAAAGAAGUCCAAGAAGAACCUCAAGGAUGAGGCGCCGAAAGGGCAAGAAAAUAUAUCACCCCCCGCGUCUGCCAACGUGGAGAUCACCAGGUCGCCCAUAUGGGCACAGUUCGCAACUCAGCCACUCGAGGACCAACAGGGCAAGAUACACUAUCCGCCAGGGAAGAGAAGGACAGUUCAGGAGGAGAUUGACCUAUACACCCCCAAAGAUCUGGCCGCGAAUCGACCGCUGCAGCAGAACGUUCACCAGGAAAGCCGGGGUCUUGCGGAGAAACCUCCACAGCGCCCAUUUUUGGAGCACAGGUCAUCCCGCAGCUCCAUCUUCAAGGAGGAUCUUGGCGACGAUCAUGACAGGCAGCUGGACCAGAAGCGAUUGCAGUCGUCCCCCUUGAGAGAAGCUCGACCACCAUUGCAACCACAAUCGUCCCAUCAUUCUCAGCCAUCAGAAACCCAUGAGAAGCGGUCAUCGAGGGUCUUGGCUGCAGUUGAUACACUCAAUCUACGGUCUCAGAAACAGGUCUCGUCGACACGCAAAAAUCAAGAGAACUCGAGUCUAUUGACGGAAGAAGAGAUAAAUUCGGCGUUGGAAUCCCUACUCGAUGCCCGGAAUAUUGCACCGAAUAUGAGAAGCCAGAUGCGCGGCCUAGAUAUCAGUAUGAAAUCAAAGUUGAUUCAGAACCAGCGAGGUGGCAGUGGUUCAUCAACCUCUUCACAAACACCAACCACAACCGACAGAGACAGGAGAGACCAAGGAAGCAGCAGGCCAAGAACGCGCGAUGAGGAAGACGCAAAGGAAGCCAAGCGAUCGCGCUCGCGGCCUCGGAGUCGAGCUUUCACCUUGACGAGACGUGGUGAUGAUGGUGCCUCUCCAACGAAAAAGCAAAAGGGAGAAGAAUCUACCCGAUCUAGAAGCAAAUCUCGUCCCAAGUCCGUGGACAUGUCCUCGAUGCGUCCGAGCUCUUCUCGAUCACUCAAGUCGUCAACUUCCAUCAGUAGUCUGUUCUCGUUCAACAAGCCAGACACGGCUGCUGUGCCAGGAGACUUCAUUCACUAUUUGCGUGAAGUGAAGAAGCCUGAGCUGGUUGAAAUUGGCAAGAUGCAUAAGCUGAGGAUCUUGCUUCGCAACGAGUCGAUAGCCUGGACGGACACGUUUGUCAAGAGUGGCGGCAUGGAUGAGGUGGUUGAUCUGCUGUAUCGCAUUCUCCAAGUGGAAUGGCGAGAAGAGCACGAGGACAAUUUAUUACAUGAGACACUGCUCUGCCUGAAAGGUCUGUGCACAACAUCGCUUGCGUUGGAGCGGCUGGCAGAGAUGGAAGCGGAGUUGUUCCCCAAACUGCUGGGCAUGCUCUUUGACGAGGAGAGAAAAGGACCAUCAGAGUUCAGCACCCGCAGCAUCGUCAUCUCACUCCUUUUCGCCCACCUCUCCGCAACUCGCCACGCAGACGAGACGACCCUCGCCUCCCGCGCCAAAACAAUCCUACAUUACCUCAAAGACCCCUCCCCCGACGAAGCCAAGAAACCAUUCGACUUCAUCGAACAAAUGCACAUCAACCGACCUUACCGCGUUUGGUGCAAAGAGGUGGUCAACGUCACCAAAGAAGUCUUUUGGAUAUUCCUGCACCACCUCAACGUCAUCCCCAUCGUGGACAACAGCAACAAGACCGAGCAGACCACAUUUACAGACCGCCACUACCCGCCUCCUCGGCCACCUCACCCCGCAGCCCCCUACGUCGGCGGCGUAGAAUGGGAAGCAACAUCCUACCUGGCCAUCCACCUGGACUUGCUCAACGGCCUCCUUGCCUCGCUCCCCAGCAGGGACGAAAGAAACUCACUCCGCCAAGAGAUGCGCGCAAGCGGAUGGGAGAAAGCGAUGGGCGGGACGAUGCGAACGUGCAAGGAGAAGUUUUAUGGCGGCGUGCAUGAGGGGUUGAAGGUCUGGGUGGCUGCGGCGAGAGAGGACGGGUGGCCGGUUGAAGAUGUGAGGGCGGGGCCGCCGAGAGAGAACCCGAGUCCGAAGAAGGGGACUAGUCCGGUCAAGAAGAGGGACGAAGCGCCGAAAUUGAGGCUUGACAUUGGAGUUCCCGUGGCUGUUGGCGGAGAGGGGUUGGGCAAGGGAGGGGCCGGGUGGGUUUGA